AGCCUUCUUCCAGAAGUAUACAGUAGAACUAAAGACAGACAACCAACGGGCAUCUGAAACUGACUGGCUCACUCAUACCUGGACAAAGUUAGAGAUCACACUACGCAAGCAUAAGUUUUCCUAAGACUGCUACGAAGAUGUUUGAUAUAAAGGGUUGGGCUGAGUAUGUUGUGGAAUGGGCUGCAAAGGACCCAUAUGGCUUCCUUACAACAGUUAUUUUGGCUCUUACUCCACUGUUCCUAGCAAGUGCUGUACUGUCUUGGAAAUUGGCCAAAAUGAUUGAGGCCAAGAAGAAGGAGCAAAAGAAAAAACAAAAACGUCAAGAAAAUAUUGCAAAAGCUAAACGACUAAAAAAGGGAUUGAAGGAAUGA